AUGUCUGACGAAAUCACACCUCAGGUGGUGGAUGACUUGACAGAGACGCAUGACUUUUCGAGAACUCUAAAAGAUGUUCUAUCCGGUACUGCGGGUGGAAUAGCCCAAGUGAUAGUGGGCCAACCUUUUGAUAUCACGAAGGUUCGUCUACAAACGUCGCCCGUUCCGACCACGGCUAUGCAGGUGAUUAAAAAUCUGAUCAAGAACGAGGGUGUUCUUGCAUUCUACAAAGGUACAUUGACGCCCCUGGUUGGUGUUGGUAUCUGUGUAUCAUGUCAAUUUGGUGUGAAUGAGUCCAUGAAGAGAUAUUUCCACCAGAAAAACAACACAGUACACAAUACGUUGACUCUGCCACAAUAUUACAUGUGCGGUUUUGUAAGCGGGUGGAGUAAUGCUUUCCUCGCAUCACCUAUCGAGCACGUCAGGAUCCGUUUGCAGUUGCAAACCAAGGCUCUUGAGCAUGCAGAGUACCGCGGUUCCAUCGACUGUAUCAAAAAACUGAUUGCCGAAGGUGGUGUGACAGGCGGGUUGAUGCGUGGAUUAACUGCAACAAUGUUGAGAACAUCCCAUGGUUUUGGUGUCUACUUUUUAACAUACGAGGCAUUAAUUCUGUCAGAAGCUAGCCGCGGCGUUAAAAGAGAAGAUAUUCCCGCAUGGAAAUUAUGCGGCUUCGGUGCUCUCUCUGGUGCCCUUCUAUGGGCAAUGGUUUAUCCUUUCGAUGUGAUAAAAUCCGUGAUGCAGGCUGACAAGCUGAAAAAUCCUGUUCAUGGUAGAAACGUUUUACAAGUCGCAAAAUACAUCUAUGGUCAAGGCGGUAUCUCCACUUUCUUCAAGGGUUUUGGUCCAACAAUGUUGAGAUCGCUACCGGUCAACGGUGCCACAUUUGCUACUUUCGAACUGACGAUGCGUUUACUCGGAUGA